CUUACAGUCAGACAACACACGCCGCGUGAGAAGACAACCCAGUCCGACAAGACACCAGCACACACCUACUAUAGGAUUUUAGGAAGCCCGUGGACCUAGCUCGAGCUACAAACCGAUAGCAUUGGAACCGGCGUGAUUCGGUCGCCGGCAUGCCGCUCAAGCUCGUGCUCGCCGUCGUUGCUCCAGUGGGCCUAACGUGCUGCAUACUGAAACUCGCCGGCGUCCCCUGGCCAAUCAUCAUCCGCAUCGGCGGCGUCCUGCUCGUCUUCCUCUUCAUCGCGGCGCUGUGCCAGCGCGCGCAGGCCCGCGCUAGGUCGCAACGCCAGCUUCUGCAAGAUCCAGAGGGGGAUCGGUCGUCCAUGGCCGCGCUCCCGCGGGAACCGGCCGUCGGGCUAGACCGGGCGGCGAUCGCCGGCCUGCCCGUGUACAAGUACGAGAAGCUGAGGUGUGGCGGCGGAGAGGGCCACGAGUGCGCGGUGUGCCUCGCCGAGGUCAGGCCCAAGGAGGUGGUGAAGCAGCUGCCCGCGUGCACGCACCUCUUCCAUGACCGGUGCAUCGACGAGUGGCUCUGGUCUCACAGGACGUGCCCGGUCUGCCGGUCUCCGGUCGAUGCCUCCACCGUGCCGUCCGUGCAAGUUGCCGCCCGUGCAAUGCAAUCUGUACGUUUAGGGCUUCCUCAUUGAUUUAAUGGAAAAAUUCAUGGUAGGAGUUUUGGAGGAUUGCAUCCUUAUUAAGGAUUUCCCGUACGUUCAUCGCCCGUAUAAGAUUGGAACCCUUUGGUAUUUUAUCUUAUGAUUAUGAGAUGACUCAUUUGCACUCUAUUUUGGAGAAAAAUUUCCAU